AUGCUCUUCAACAAGUCUUUCCUUGCCAUCGCCGCGGCCAUCGGCCCGGCCGUCGCUCACUUCUCAUCGCAGCCCCAGACCAAGGCUCCUACGACCUUCGGGGGCCUCAAUCUCUACUGGGGACAGUAUGGCGACCCUUCUGACCGGCUAUCCAGCUAUUGUGACGCCCCUGGGGUCACCUUCGUAUCUGUGUCCUUCGUCACAUACUCUCCCAAGAACAGCGGUGGAUAUCCUGGUACCAACUUCGCUGGCCACUGCGGCGGCGAGGUCUUUUACAAGAACCCAAAGACGGGCGAGGACACCAAGUUGAUCACGAACUGCGACUACAUCAAGCAGGACAUCAAGCACUGCCAGGCCAAGGGCAUCAAGGUCCUCCUGGCCAUUGGUGGCUGGUGCCCGGCUGAAGGUCCAUGCAGCUAUGACAUCGAUAACGACGAACAGGGCCAACAGUUCGCCGAGCUUCUGCACAAGACUUUCGGUCCUCAUGACCCGAACUGGACCGGCCCCCGUCCCUUCGAUAUCAGCAGCACCGAGCACGUCUCCGUUGAUGGCUUCGACUUUGAUCUCGAGUUCAAGUACCCCAACCAGAAACCCUGGAUCAAGAUGGUUGAGAAGCUCCGCAGCGUCGGUAUCUACCACAUCUCUGCUGCCCCUCAGUGCCCGACUUCCGACACUUGGUUCCAGCUCAAGGAGCUCAUCUACAACGCCCAAUUCGACUCCCUCUUUAUCCAGUUCUACAACAACCCCGGCUGCCAGGCCUCCGACAGCCCCAACUACGACGAUUGGGAGACCGUUAUCUCGCAGACGUCCAAGAGCAAGGAUGCCAAGCUCUACCUCGGUGUUCUCGCCCACCCUGAUGCGGGCUGGAACGGCUAUGCUCCUCCCUCCAGGAUCAAGGAGCUGAUCUGCAACUACAAGAGCAAGCCGCAUUUUGGAGGUGUCUCUAUCUGGGACGCCACCCGCGGCGUCAUGAACCAGGUCAACGGCCAGGCCUUCCACGAGGCCAUCGCCGAUGCUCUCCAGUACGGCUGCGACCCGAUCCCCCCCAAGACGUCCACCACCAUUGCCUCGACCUCGACCUCGACCUCGACGUCUCUCGUCUCCUCAACCUCCACCUCGUCUGUCGUUAUUUCCACCACAUCUUCGAGCGCCACCUCGACUGCCGUGUUUUCCACCACCUCGUCUGUCGCCAUCUCCACCACAUCUUCAGCAAGCUCCAGCUCGAGCUCCGAUUCCCUUAGCUCCAGCCACUCCGCGUCUGCGUCUGCGUCGGCCUCUGCCACUGUCACUGUAUCGGCCUCGACCACCGCUUCCGCUUCCGCUUCCGCUUCCGCUUCUGCCUCUGCUUCUACACCGGCUUCUGCCUCCCAUUACGUAUCCGACUCCGCUUCCGCUAGUACCCCCGCUACCACCGCGUCGGCAUCCGGCUUAGCCUCGGCGUCUGGAUCUGCGUCUAUCUCUGCGUCUAUCUCUGCGCCUAUCUCUGCGUCUGCCAGUGGCUCAGCCACCGGCUCCGCUGCCGUGUCUGCGUCUGCCUCCGCGUCUGCCUCCGGCCCGGCCACCCACUCCGAUAUCAUCACUUCGCCGAGCAGCAGUACCAGCGCGAGCGCCUCCGCAACCAAGUCGGCCACUGCCUCUGACACGUGCGAGGAGGACGAUGAGGACUUCCCAACCACGACUCUGAGCAACUCACACUCUGCCACUGCCCCUAAUAGCGCUACCGGCUCUGCCGAUGUCACCAAGACGACUUCCGACUCCGCCACCGCCACUGGUAGCGGCUCUGCCACUGGCUCUGCUACCGGCCCUGCCACCGGCUCCCCUACUGGCUCCGCUACUGUUUCCUUUACCGACUCUGCCACUGGCUCCGCCUCCGUCACAGAGUCUGCCAAGAGCACUCUCACUUCCUCCGAGGAGCUGGUCACCAGCACCGUCUACACCACCAGGGUCACCACUGUCACCUCCUGCAAGCCUGAGGUGCCGUGCACGACAGGCCAUGUCGUUACCGAGACCGUCCCUUGGUACACCACGAUCUGCCCCGCCACGGCAACGUCUGCCGCUGCUGUGCCCACAACCACUGCUCCCCCUCCCCCUCCCCAAUGGACCACGAGCACUGUCUACACGACCAAGACGUACAUAGUCACCUCGUGUGCCCCUGACGUCCCCUACUGCCCCGUUGGCCAGAUCACCACCCAGGUUGUGCCGGCCUACACCACGGUCUGCCCGUACACCAGCACGAUCCCCGGCGCCGGCAGCAAGCCUUCGGGCGAUGCUCACUCGGCUCCUAAGCCCUCUGGCGAUGUGCCUCACCCGCCCAAGCCUACCGUUGAUGUUUCCAAGCCCCCAGUCAGCCAGGCAGAUGAGAAGCCCUCUGGCGAUGUGCCUCGCCCACCCAAGCCUACUGGCGAGGUUCCCAGGCCCCCGGCCAGUCAUAGCGGCAACAAGCCUUCGGUUGACGCUCCGGCUCCUCCCAAGCCUACCACGGCCCCCGCCGGCCAUGGCGAAGAGGAGGAUAUCACGAUGGUCUACACCACCCUAACUGUCCCUGUCACGGUCGGCAAGUACAACACGACAAUUCCGGGUACAGGUACCAGCUACAAGCCCACCCCCACAGGCGGAUUCCCUAGCUACACAACGGCGGCUCCCGUCCCCAGCAAGCCAGUCGAGGCCGGAGCCGGCAAGAUGGGUGGCUUCGGUGUCGCGGGACUCGCUGCCGUUGCCGCUGCUCUUCUUUUGUAA